AUGGCAGAUAGAGACCUUGAACAAAAUAUGAGCCAUUUGGCUCUAAGUCUGUCGGAUUCAGAUAGUGAUAGUGAUAUCGAGGGAGAAAACUUGUCGAACACAAGGACCAUUACCGAUAGAGGUGAGAUAGUGGAAAAAUAUACCCUGGUGAUCAAUACCGAGCCCUUGAAGAAGGGACCUAAGACGACAAAGGAUAAGGCUAAUAGAGCUACGGUUGAACAAGUUUUGGAUCCUAGAACGCUUAGAUUCCUUGGCAAGAUCAUAAAUAAGGGAAUUAUAUCACGAAUCAACGGCUGCAUCUCCACUGGUAAAGAAGCCAAUGUCUACCAUGGUGACCAUGAAGACCCUUCAGUGACCGAUAGGGAGUACGCUGUGAAAAUUUACAAGACCUCGAUCUUGGUAUUUAAAGAUAGAGAGCGCUACGUGGACGGAGAGUUCAGAUUUCGCAAUACCAAGAACCAGAGCAAUCCAAGAAAGAUGGUGAAGGUUUGGGCUGAAAAGGAAUUCAGAAAUUUGAAAAGACUACACUCAAAUGGAAUUCCAUGUCCAGAACCCAUCGAGCUUCGCUCUCACGUUUUAGUGAUGGAAUAUUUGACUAAAGGCAAUGCCCAGCCGUCUCCUAAACUUAAAGAUCAUCCUUUCAAAGAUGUCGAUGAGAUCGUGUUUUAUUACCAACAGAUGCUCAUCUACAUGAGGAGAAUGUAUCAAAGGUGUCGACUUGUGCAUGCAGAUUUGAGUGAGUACAACUCCAUCGUCCACAAUGAUAAACUUUAUAUUAUUGAUGUGUCCCAGUCCGUCGAGCCAGAACACCCUAUGGCCCUUGACUUCUUAAGGAUGGACAUCAGAAAUGUAAAUGACUUUUUCUCUAGGAAAAAGAUAAACGUUUAUCCUGAAAGACUUCUAUUCAAAUUCAUCACCGAGCCCGAUUUAAAUAUGGAGAGCGAGGACGAUUUGCAAUUACGCGACUACUUGAAUGGCUUCCCUCUAAAGAACGAACUCGAAGAUGCCAAUGUAGACGAUGAGAUCUUCAGGUCAUUACACUUGGUGAGGUCCUUGAAUAAUCUCGAUGAGCGGGAUUUCGAGAAAUUUCAGGAAGGUAAAGUGGACACGCUCAUUGAUCUAGUACCUAAAAAUGAGGAAGAAUCAGAAGAAGAGUCGGAAUACUCAUCAGAGGAAGAAGAUUCCGACGAAUCAUCCUCCGACGAAGAAGACGAAGGCGAAGACAAGAAGAAGAUGAGAAAAACAAGGGAGAUGAAGGGGAAAAAGUUUGAAGACAAAGAGGAAAAAAAAGCUAGAAAACAAGCGGCAAAGGAAGCCAAGGCAGAGAAACGCAAGAGUAAAAUGAAAAAACACGUAAAGAAGAAGUUGGUAAACAAACGAAAGAAUAACUAG